AUGGGCCCUCAGAAUAAGUCGUUUGUGAGCAUGUUCAUCCUGCAGAGAUUCACAGAUGACCCCUGGCUCCAGGCAGCCCUCUUUGGCUUCUUCUUUACUCUGCUUGUGGUGGCCCUGAUGGGCAAUGGCCUGAUCAUCAUGGCCAUCCACUGUAGCCCCAACCUCCACACACCAAUGUAUUUCUUCCUUCUCAACCUGGCCCUGAUGGACGUGGUCUGCACCUCAACGGUCCUGCCCAAGGUCCUACAGAGCCUGGUGGCUGAGAACACCAUCUCCUUCGGUGGCUGCCUCACCCAGAUGUUCGUCUUCUCCUGCGUCCUGGGCUCUGAACUUUUGCUCUUCUCUGCCAUGGCCUAUGACCGCUACCUGGCCAUCUGCCGGCCACUGCAUUAUGGCACCUUGAUGAGCAGUAGGGUCUGUGUGGCUCUAGCAGCCUUUGUGUGGUGCACGGGGGCUCUCAACUCCUUGGCCUCUGUCCACACUGGUCUGAUGACACAGUUGUCAUUCUGUAGUCCCAGGGAUAGCACCUACUUCUGUGAGAUUCCCCAUCUCCUGAAGCUGUCUUGCAGGCCCACAUGAAUGAACAUCCUCAAGACACUGCUGAUCCAUGCCUUCUAUAGAUACCUUAAUUUCCUGCUCACCCUGUUGUUUUAUGGAUGUAUCAUCUCCAGCAUCUUGUGCCCACACUCAGCUGAAGGGAGGUUGAAGAUCUCAUCCAGCUGCUCCUCUCACCUCCUUAUGGUCUCAGUGUUCCACUCAUUUAUGUUCUGUCCCUACAUCAUCCCUGCCUCUAGACAUCUGAAGAGAAAUAAAAUGUCUGGAGGGCUGCAUUCAGCACUGAGCCCAACCUGA